UCCACCCUUGCGCACCCCCUACAGGAGCGAGGGCGACGGAGGAUCACGGACGAAGUGGAGAGGGUGGUGCGUGCUCAAUGUUGUUUGGCUUUAACCUGCUGUGGAAGCUCUUCAAGGCUGGGCUGCUGACCACCAAUGCCGUAACAAUUCUCCACAAGCAGCGCUUCUUGAGAAAAUAUCGGCUCGACGAGGUGGACCACUCGCCAUCGGCCUCGGCGAUGAAGAACCAGGUGGUGGGCUUGAUCGCGGCGGUGGCUUAUCUCCGCGGCCCGCUGAUCGUCCUCAACUCACUCACCUGCGUCAUCGCGAUGCUCCCAUGACAUACGUCAUCGUCGCAAGCCGAAAAGGAGUUCCGUAGUGUAUUUGUCGACUCCUAACGUGUUUCAUUGCAUACGUCGGUCGCUCAUGGUGGCAAGUACCAUACAUUUGAGGUGCUUUACAUCAGCAUGUUCGCCGGGGGGGGGGGGGGGGGGGGGGGGGGACGNGGGGGGGGGGGGGGGGGGGGGGGGGGGGGGGGGGGGGGGGGGGGGGGGGUAGACUUGCUUGACUAACGUGCGAUGGAAAUACGCGACGGUUCAGUAUCGUCGGCGUGAUGCGAGUGGCGCGUCUUGUUGUUCUUGUUGUUGUAGGCUUUCGCCAAGUUUUGGAAUGAAUGUAAACAGUUUUGUGUUUACGGUGCGACGACCGUUAGCGCCUUUUCCUGUGCCCCGGGGCCAGAGCGCGCUCGAGCUUACCUAUAAUACGACAAUCGGGGCGUGGUGGAAACGAGCGAGGGCCCGGGAGUGUGGGGGAGAGGGGGCGAAAUCCUCUCGCCUUUUCCGUUUCACAUGUGCAUGGUUUGUCUGCGACGCCGUUUGCUCUCUCUCAGAGCACAGCGUUGAGCGCGAACGUCGAACUAAGCACGACGCUACUUGCAUAUUCAGUUCUCGCCAAGGUGGAGGGAGCACUCCCGUGUGCACUUUGUUGUUGACGGCACCUCCCAUACACACGCACUAAGAAUCUAGUCCAUCUUGCCACCUAAGUGGGAUGCGUGCCUUUCGCCCCCGCUGCUCCCAUUGCAUGGCGGUCCUCAAGUUUUGUUGCAUUGCACGUUGCAUACUAAUCGUUGCUCUUCCCUGGGAAUUUCUGGGUAUUUCAAGGCUACAAACGUACCUUUGGAACCGUUUUACAGAUCGGGGAUCGCCCGAUCGAUCCAUCUGAUCUCGACCAUACGUGGCGGUUCUACGAGAUCGGGGACUAGGAGUUUGCAAUAAAUUGGGUGAUCGCCCCAUCUCGC